CUGGCUCGAAAUUCCAAAGGUUCGAGAAGAUCCCCGGUCGCGAAAGCAGUUCCUGAGGAUUCGAAAGCAAGCCUCAACACAUCGAAAUCAAAAGUACCGGACGAGAAUACAGGUAAGGAAAAACCGAUAAAAGGAAAGAAAGUAUCGAGUGAAACGCAGUUAACGGCUCGAGAGCUCUCCAAAGAGAAGCUGCAGAAGCUGCUAAGCAAAGGAUCGCAUGAAAAAAUUGAGGCGCUGGCGGCCGGGCAAGAAAAAACACAGGAGAUGUCCAAAGAGCCAGACAAAAAGGGAUCCAAAGAGUCAGAAAAAAGGGGAUCCAAAGAGCCAGACAAAAAAGGAUCCAAGGAGUCACCCCAGAACGCAUCCAGGGAGGCAUCCAAGAGAGCAUCUAGAGAGGCAUCGGAAGAAAAAGAAGGCGACAGCGAAUAG